AUGGAACUUCGCAAAAGCAAGUAUGACUGGCCAUACAAGACUACCAUUAUCAAGCGCGAUGACUAUGAGCGGAUUGAGGAACUCGACACCCGCGGGAAGGUCCUCGGCGGUUCUAAGGGCACGUUCGACAUGUGGGAAGGACGGCAGCACCUACUCGAAGGAGCUCGUGGUAGUCCCAUUCCCAUCUCCCACUCGGAACUAAUCCCUGAGAUGCAAUGCUUCCAAGGACUUCUCACCGAAGCAUGGAAGUCCACGGGACAGUCUCUGCGUGAAAACAUAUCCGACGGGGAUACGAUUGGCUCUGACGCACAGCGUCAAAACCAUCUACAAGGGCUGCCGUUCCGGCAGCUUCCUCGCUGUGGCAGACAAGUCCAGCAUCAACUAUUCUGCCCGAGGUGCACUCCGAGGAGCUCAUCAUCGACGAUUGCCGACAAGCCCCCUGCAAGGGAGUCACUGUUAUCACUGCGCCGGGUCAGGAGACUGAGCCUCUAUGCCAAUCGCGAAGUCAUUUCAUCGUCGGCUCUCGACAGGUUGGCCAGCGUCUUCUGGAUCACCCCCGGUGUUCCUCUUGCCCUCCCAGUCAGGGGUGGCUACAGAAUGGACGACUGCAUCCUCCGAGAAGGGACUGGCCGCCACAAGAGGGCCGUCGGUGCCUACCAGGAUGACAAGCACGGUGGGCCUAUGGGUUACGGAUUCCUUGAGAUGGUUGAGCUCGCCCGCAUCGGCAGAUACUUGGAGAAGGGGGCCAUUCUCGACCGAUAUCAAAACAAGGUGUGGUAG